AUAGCAGACGAAUGUAUUUUUCGGUUCAGUAAUCCUUAUUAUCGCUAACUAUUUUCAAUAAAUGUUGGAGUUGUAGAAGAGAACUUUUGGACAGAAAUUAACAAGAAAAUUUCUUACAUUUUCUCAUAUAUAAAUAUAUAUAGACAUUUCUGCUUUGUCUGUAUUUUACUGUGCUUUUCAGUCUUUUUAAUAUUUCUCUCUCUCUCUCUCUCUCUCUCUCUCUCUCUCUCUCUGUCUCUGUCCGUCGCUCUUUAGGCAUUUGGUUAUUAUAUAUCUAAUUUUGUUCGCUCUCUCUGUCUCCCUCUCUCUCUAUCUGGCUCUCUGUUAUUCCAUGUUACUCUUUGGACUCGUAUUGUUAUUAUCUACUGUGUAUACAAUAACAACUAGGCCAAAAUUAUUGCCUGCAAGUCUAGCAGCAACGAUGGCCUAAGUCUAGCUUUGAAUCAACUAAUGUGUUGAUAAUUUCAUAUGAUUGAUUAAGUCUUUGUUAAUGAUAUUAGUGCUUAUGAAGUCUUCAUGAAUUAUCUGCUAACAUGCAAGUUAAGAAUGAGGACAACGCGAUCGACAUGUCUUCCUCUAUAGUACUUAAGCAGGGCUAUUUAAAUCAAAAGAAUGAGCGAACCGGAAGGUGGAAAACAAGAUGGACGAUACUCAAGGAGGAUUGCCUAGAAUAUUAUAGAAAAAGAUGCAAGCAUUUAUGCUCUAGAAUUAUAUUAAGCAAUUGUAGCGUUUCAAAUGUCAAUCAGAACGAGACGAAAAGGGAGAAUACUUUCAAAGUCAUCCUAUCAAAAAAGAAGAGAUCUGUAAUCUUCCAAGCGGCAUCUGAUUCGGAGAAGAAUUACUGGUUAAGCUUGAUUGGCGCUGCUAUCAGAGAAUUAACUAGGAGUUCCUUCGACGCCAACAAUUUAGUAGAUUUAGGUUAUAACUUGAGUGAAAUUUUAGUUUCAAUGGAAGAUCCAACAGCCGGAUUACAACUGAAAAACAGAAAUAAUAUCCGAUGCUUUAGCGGUAAGGAAGCAAUCGAUUGGCUACUCAAUUGGGAUUUUGCUCCUAGUCGUCAAAAAGGUUUUGAUAUCUGCCAACAAUUAACUUCCGGUGGCUACUUUCAACAAAUUGUGCCUCAGCAAAAAGCUAAGGACUUCCAGGAUAGAGACUUUGUAAUGUAUGCAUUUUCUGCCGUCUCCAGUAUAAGAAGAAUAUCGAUGAUUGCCUUACUGGAGAGUAGCACAGAACCUUCAGAUUCUACAAGUUCUGGUGAUGAAAGCGAGGACAAUCUAGACCGUAACAGGGAAAGCUUGUUAAUCGACAUAAUCAGGAUAAAGAGUAAUAGGAGAAGAAAUUGGAGAGUUAGGAAGGCUGUGUUGUUUCAAGAUCCUAAGGAAAUUCGUCUAUAUUCAUCGGGAAAAAGUUUACAAACCGAUUAUAAAAAACCACUGAAGGUCAUUAAUUUAGAGGAGAGCGAAGCUGUUUGUCUGGAAUACGUAAACGACGAAUCGAUUAGUUCAAAGCAAAAUCAUGUUGUUGUUAUUAAAAGGAAAGCGUUAAGACCCGUCUUAUUACAAUGUGACAAUGAUUAUAAAAGGGACAAUUGGAUAAAAUUAAUUAACUUGUAUCAAUAAUGCUCAAUUCAUAUUCUGAUUUUGCCUUUUCUUUAAAUUGCAAUCAAUUUUCCCUUUUAUCUUAAAAAGAUUAAUUUAUCUAUAAAGGAGAAAAAAGACUAUUAAAACUAUCUAACUGACUUAGCUUCCUGUAUGCAUACAAUUUUGUUUUAGCUCUACUCUUUUUGCCUUUUGGCUAUGCAUUUCCUUUUAAUUGAUUUCUGCUAAUUGCAUAUAUUUUUAUCAUAAUUUUUUUAAUAUCUUCAAACCUAUCUUAGAUUACUGAGCAUUUUUACUAUAUAAACAAACAUACAUUAGUAUCGAGUUAGUGCGAAUAAAUGAAAUUUUAUAUAUGAAUAAA